AGGUGCGGGCAGUCAGGCGCCGGGGGCCGGGCCGGGAAGGGCGGUGCUGGCAGGCGGGCCGGGCCGGGCCCGGGCCGAGCCGAGCCUCCGGCAGCAGCGCCAGGCGGCAGGGCAGCCCGAAGCAUGUCGCCGCUCCGCGUCUGCAUCGUCGGCUCGGGGAACUGGGGAUCAGCCAUAGCAAGAAUCAUUGGCCAAAAUGUCCAGAAGUCCAACAGAUUUGAUCCUACUGUCAAGAUAUGGGUAUUUGAAGAGAUCAUCAAUGGAAGAAAACUCACAGAAAUCAUCAACCAGGAACAUGAAAAUGUUAAAUACCUGCCUGGAUACAAGAUACCCCAAAAUGUGGUGGCUGUACCAGACGUGGUUGAAGCAACAAGUUGGGCAGAUAUUUUAGUGUUUGUUCUGCCACACCAAUUCAUUGGACGAAUCUGCGAGCAGGUUGCGGACCACAUAAAGCCUGGGACAUUUGGGAUUUCCCUGAUCAAGGGGAUUGAUGAGGGUCCCGAAGGCCUGAAGCUCAUAUCUGACCUCAUUCGAGAGAAACUGAAAAUAGAAAUCAGCGUGCUUAUGGGGGCCAACAUAGCCAAAGAAGUGGCUGAUGAGAAGUUCUGUGAAACCACCAUUGGCUGCAAAAACGAAAAACAUGGGGAAAUCUUUAAAGAAUUAAUGCAGACCCCCAAUUUCAGGAUUACCGUGGUGCUUGACUCUGAUACAGUGGAGAUCUGUGGAGCCUUAAAAAACAUCGUAGCAGUGGGAGCUGGGUUCUGCGAUGGACUGGGUUUUGGCGAUAAUACAAAGGCAGCAGUGAUACGCUUGGGCCUUAUGGAAAUGGUGGCCUUUGCCAAGAUGUUCUGCAGGGGACCAGUAUCAAUAGCCACUUUUCUGGAAAGCUGCGGGGUUGCUGAUCUAAUCACUACCUGCUACGGGGGACGCAACAGAAGAGUAGCAGAAGCCUUUGCUCGCACAGGAAAAUCCAUUCAGGAGCUGGAAAAUGAGAUGCUGAACGGACAAAAGCUGCAAGGUCCUCAGACCUCAGCUGAAGUCUACAAGAUUCUGAAACAGAAAAAUAUGCUCGAUAAGUUUCCAUUAUUUACAACCAUCUAUAAGAUCUGCUAUGAGUGUCUACCAAUUCAGGAUUUCAUCGCGUGCCUGCAGAACCACCCAGAGCACCUUUAGAGAUCCCCUCUCCUCACCUGGUUGCAGUCUCAUCUUCCCAGGACUUCUGUCAACUCCACAGCAAAUAAAGUAGAGGAACAGGCUGUGUGGCAGUGCUUGCUGUAAAAGCAACAAAGAAUGUAUUUACAUAUUCUCAUUCUGGGGGGAAAAAUUGCCUUUAAGUUUAAUGCUAUACCCAACAGGAAAUGAAUGUAAAAUUUAACAGUAUUUGAGUUACUAAUGUGGCCUUUCCUACACUUACCUUCUUGUCAAUUGAAAACAGUUUCCAUUGUAAGGAACUCAGUCCAGCUCAUGUGAAGCUCAACAUUUUGCCUACUAAUAUUGCUUACAGAAGAGCACAAGAUGAUACAGAAAAACUGAAGAACUCAUCCAAACAGACAAGCUAUAGUACAAAAAAAAAGGUCUGACAGCAGCAAAACGCAAUCACACGGGCAAAUGUUGAGUUUCCGUAAUUCCCCUCAAGCACAAAUAACAUUUUAUACUUAGUGUCAUGUAUUCCUUCCUGGAUUUCAUUUCCCAGUGUAGGCUUUUUUUUUUUAAAAAUGGGCAUUGUCACUGUGCUCAGACACACAUGAAUGUUCAGCUGAUGUAGAUAUAAAACAGCUUUAGGGGCAGGUCAAAGGAGAGAAGAGGGUUUUCUUGCAGGGGAAUGUUUGCUUCAAAUUCAGGAGACUAAGAAACCUCAGCAAUAGCCUAACCUUUGUUAAACUUACUGUACUCCAUUGAAAUACAGAUAAAACAGUGGGAAUAACCAAAUACAUUUGUGUUAGGGUCAGGAUUUCUCAGCAAGUCAUUGUCAUAAAUCGGUAGAAGCUGAGAGGGAAGAAGUGGAGGUUGACCGGGAGGGUGUAUGCACAGCUCAGCCUGCAGCUUAUGCAGUGCUGCUGUUCUGAGGACACAACCAGUAACAGUGAAAACCCCCCUGUGAUACUUGACUUUUUAUACAUGCAUGAAAAUGACCGCUGCAGACGCACAGAAAUGCUGUAAAACUUGCAUCUGACGCUGGGUUGCAUUUUAACUCUGCUGGGAAGAGCCACUGGGCUGAUACCGGCACAGCUUCCCACGUUGUCCCAGGCUGCAGAAUAAUGCCUGACCCUGCUGUAGCUUAAGCACCGCAUCUCACAGCUGGGGAGAGGGGAUCUCUCUCCCCUCCUGAAUUUUAAACACAAACUGGUUCAUAGAGCAGGGGUGUUGUUUUGCUACCGCUGGCGCUAAUUUUAGAACAUUAAAUAUUUUUAAACCUCAUAGCUGCACUUGGGUAACUUUACAUACCUGGUGUUUUUCACAGUUAAAACCAUCUAUAGAAUGAACAGUGCACAUUUUAUAAGCUUUGAUACCCUUUUGAAAGAGUCCUAUUUUGAGACAAGGCAAACAAAAAGGAAGAGUAACCUACUUAUGCUUCGCUUUAUCCGAUUUUCCAGAACAGCAGAAAGGAAGGCAAGUGGGGUUUUUUAAUCUCUCUAUGUAUUUGCUGACAUAUUGCUUAGGGGAAAGAGAAAAAGCAAAAAAAAAGCUAGAUUAUAAAAUCAUCUUUACUCUGCCUUUUAGAGGAGUGUUGUUAUCUCUUUCAUGUUUAUCAGAGUAAUAUAUAUAAAUGUACUGUAAUUAUAAAUCUAUUGUAAGAAGCUCAGUCUCCCAGCUAGGUCGGGUACCAGAAACUGCAGCGGCACUGAUCCCUGCUGCAGAGCAGUGAAGGCAGCUCUGCGUCCAGUCGCAGCCACUGCAGGCAACACCACCAUUCCUUCUGCUGAAGUGGGAACCAUAGCCAAGUUCUUUAUACAAAACUGGGAAUGAUGAUCUCUCAUUCCAAGUUGAUAAAGACUUGAAUAUUACAUAAUGUUUAAGCAUCAAAUACGCAUAAAUGGGAUAGAGAAUUCAGGAACCUCCCCUCUUCGCCUGCAGGCUGAACUUCUGAUAAGUCAUGUAUGAGCUAAUAACAACACAGAACAUUUCAAAUUCAAAGUGUAUCAAGUAACGAUUUAAUAAAGUGGUAAUUAUGCAGACUUAAUGUCAUUUCAUGUUUCAAAAUUCACUCAAAAAUGACUGUUGUAAUAGUGGUCCUUUAUUGUGUUUA